AGAGCGGCGCUCAGUCCCGCCCUUCCCGCCCCGCCCUUCCCGCCAGGCGCUGAGGGGAUCCCGGGAGCGGCGGGAUGAGCACCAGGCAGGUCACCUGCAGGUAUUACUUGCAAGGGGUGUGCCGGGAGGGAAGCAAGUGUCACUUCUCGCACGACUUAUCUACAAGCAAAUCCUCCACCGUCUGCAAGUACUACCAGAAGGGACAGUGUGCCUACGGAACACGGUGCAGGUAUGACCACACCAGGCUCCCGGCGCCGGGGGCUGCGGCAGCCCCCGUCCCGCCCCCCGCCUCCCCGGCCCCCCGGCAGCCCCCCGAGCACGGCGGCCCCGGCACCACCCGCAGCAAGCUGCAGCAGCCCGGCCGCAGGGAGAAGAGGACGCUGGUGCUGAGGGACAGAAAUCUGUGCGGCUCCAGCGAGGAGAAGCAGAAGCCCGGUGCCCCGGGGGAGGUGCUGUGUUACAGCGACCAAAACGACAACCUGGAGAUGAAGCCCCAUUCCUACCUGGAAGCCAUCUGCAGCGGGCUGGAGGAGCCGGCGGGGGGCAGCUGGGGCGCCGAGGGGGAGCAGCUGUGUCCCUACGCGGCCGCCGGCGCCUGCCACUUCGGGGAGCGCUGCCUCUACCUCCACGGGGAGCUGUGUGAGAUCUGUGGGCUGCAGGUGCUCCACCCCUUCGACCCCGAGCAGAGGAAGGCCCACGAGAUGAUGUGCAUGGCCACCUUUGAGCACGACAUGGAGAAGGCCUUUGCCUUUCAGGCAAGUCAGGACAAAGUGUGCAGCAUCUGCAUGGAAGUGGUGUAUGAGAAGCCCUCGGCCUCCGAGAGGAGGUUUGGGAUCCUCUCCAACUGCAACCACACCUACUGCUUGUCGUGCAUCCGGCAGUGGAGAUGUGCCAAGCAGUUUGAGAACCCCAUCAUCAAGUCUUGCCCAGAGUGCCGUGUGAUAUCCGAGUUUGUCAUUCCCAGCGCCUACUGGGUAGAGGAGCAGGAGAAGAAGAACGAACUGAUUGAAGCGUUUAAGCAGGGGGUGGGGAAGAAACCCUGCAAGUACUUUGAACAAGGGAAAGGAACCUGCCCCUUUGGAGGGAAGUGUCUUUACCUUCAUGCUUAUCCAGACGGGACACGGGCUGAACCGGAAAAGCCACGGAAGCAGCUCAGCUCUGAGGGGACUGUGCGGUUCUUCAACUCUGUUCGUCUGUGGGACUUCAUUGAAGACAGAGAAAGCAGGACUGUGACCAGCACAGAUGACCAAGUAACAGAACUUGGAGAACUUUUCAUGCACCUUUCUGGGGCUGAUGAGGAUUCUGCUACUUCUCAAUAAAGAGAAGGAAGGUCCUGUCCCUGCAUAGCAAUCCAGCUAUUUAUUUAGUCACGCUUCUUCUUUCUACCACACAGUUAGGAUGAAUGUGCCCUGUGGUUUCCUUGUGCAGUCCUGGUCAAGUCUUCAGGUAGUUUUUGUAUGGCACCAAAAAUACUAAAAUAUAUUUUAAAAGUGAAAUUGAUUGCAUGGAGAAAAAAAAUCCCACAGUUCUAAGAGGGUUUUCUCCUUCUUAGGCCCAAGAUACACUGUUGUGUGAGUGGAGUGCUGGUGUAAAAACAGCUCCUCUCUUACCAUUUUAAAGCUUCAGCUGUUAAAAACUGUUGCUAAAUCUAUUUUGGGUGGGGUUUUUUUUCCCCAUUGAAUCCACUAAAUGUGUAUCUACUGGGAAUAAUGGUCAGUGUAGCUUUUUUUUCCCCCUUAAAAAAAGAUUUAACAACUAAUGCAUUGUACCUCAAAGCAGUACCUAGAGUCCAGAGCCAAGUCCACUGUGUUCUCACAGUGUUUCAGCAGUGGGGCCUGGACCUUUCCUGGCUCUCACAGACUGUGCAGGUUCCUACCCUGGUUUUAAAAGGAUUGAAGCCACCAGUGGCAGGAGGUGUCCCUUGGAGAGCAGAUACACCUGCACCAAUACAUACUCAGGCAGAGCAAGACUGAAGUCACUAUCAAACUUACCACACCAACUGGAUUUUGGAUAAUAAGGAGUUAGUUUAAGGAGUCAUUGCAACAGCAACAGUGAAACUGCAACAAAAUUUAACUAGUUGAAAUGUAUUUAACUGGAAGGGAAACUUUGACUCAGGUUAAAUUAAGUAACCAAAAUGAAAUAACUAAAUAGUUUUCUUAUCUUAGGUCAGUGAUCUUAUAGUUUGCAACUCCACAACAUAAUGUCAGUUACAAAAGAACCCGUUUGGUUUAACUGCUGCUUGUCUUACCUGUGUGGCACUGGCCUCUCCCCUCUCCCUGGAGCUCUGACCCAGGCUCAGACCAGCCCCAAACAGGCAGAAGGUGAAUUGUUGCCCCUGUAAGUGACACUGAAGGGGCUGCUCUGCAGCAGGUGCCUCCACAGCCCUGACAGCAGCUCCUGCACCUCCAGCAGCUCUUCAGGAGGUCUCUGGCUCCAGCUGCCCCUGUUUCAGAUGGACACCAGUGGUCAAGGUCCAGGAGGGGUGAGCAUUCAUGGAAUUAGAAUCACUGAGGUUGAAGAAGACCUUUUAGAUCAUUGUACCCAUCAUGACAUUGUGAAUUAAUUUUACUUUUGUUAAAACUUGAAUUAUGUUUGUGUUGCAAAAGGCUUGAGCAAAAGAAAUUUGCAGUUUGGUAAAGAAAUGAAUUCUGCUAAAUCCUUUGGAUUAACUUUGCAGUUAAGCCAAAAAUUCAGUCUGGACACAACUGAGUUGUCUGCUGAGUAACAGGGUGUUAGGAUUUUGGGGUACAAGGAGGGUUUCCUCAAGCACAUUCCCUGUAUAGCCUUCAACUAAACAGAGGGACAAUUUACCUGAUGGCUUGAGGAGAAGACUGAGUACCCAUUAAAGGUCCCUCAUCUGCUUAAAGACUCGAGUGAAGCAUUUCAGAAAGCUUGACAGUUGAGACAACUGAACUUGCUUGUAUUGUGAAGCAAAGUAUGUUUAGAGACACUUGAGCAAACCCAUCAGUAAACAGGCCAUGCUGCCAUGGCUAAACAACUCAGAUCUGGGGCACUGUCAGAAAGGAACCUUAAUCUGGGCUUCAAACAUUUAUAAAUGGAACUAAAUUAGUGAUUCCAGGAUUAUCCACUUCAUCCCUUGGUUGGCAUUUCUGGGUUAAAACUGAAGCUGAGAAACAUUCUGGCUGGAAAUCCUGCAUUUCUCCCAUGGUUCCAGCCAAGAGGGAGACCUGCCCCCCUCCCCUGCCCAGCAGCUCCCUCACCCUGAGCAGGCACCUCCUGCUCUGACCUAGAAAGUGUCCCUGCUCUACAAUUACUUCCUCCCUAAAGAUAAUUUUAACAAGCUUUCCUGCUAAGUCAGUGUCUGUAACCACUGACUUGUCAGCUGCUCUGUGAACACACCACAGGAGACCCAGCUCUGGGGUCUCACUGGUGCAAUUCCUCAGCCCUAAUUACCAAGGUGAAAGAAAGAGUCACUAACAGAUGUAAGAACUCAGAGAUGAAUAUUGAAGAGCACCUGCCCAGACAACCUUUCUACCCCAAACCACUCCCACAGCCCUUCCCCUCCCCACUCAGCCUCUUUCAAGCUCAUCUUGCACAUUUUCUUUUCUUUUUUUCUAGAGAGAAAUAUUUUCAGUAAUAAAAAUAUACCAAAAAAGUCCAUGGAGAGGAUGUUCUUUACCUGAAAUGAGACAUUCCUGAUUUACUUCCCCCCAGGAAGACAGAAACCAGGUAACAGUAGCUGAAAUUAAAAAAAUAACUUGUUUUUCAAAGCUACCUAGAGAGAAGUUUUCAUUUAAGAGCACGAAGACUUAGAAACUCAGACCUUUGAAAGUCUUCACUUAGCAGCUUUCAUCUAAUUUGACAUCAAGUGCUGGUCAAAAUGAGCCUAUUUAUCAGAAAAUAUUUUAAUUUUUCAAGAGAGACAUAAUCUGUUUUAAAAAAUUAGACAUUAAUGGUUUCUUUUUGAAAAUUAGAGCUAAAGUAAAAGCAGCUUUUUUUUUUCUUUGGCCCUUUUCAUAUUAUAAUGAAGGUGAAAUGAGAGAGAAAUGAUGUUUUAAAGAGGGCUGCAGUUAAAAUACCAAUCGUGUUGUUUAAAAUCGUGUUCACUAUAUGGAACAGUUUCCUUCAACCCUCAGUUUUUAACAAGCAAAUGUUAUGGGUCGUGCUCAAUUAUCACCUAAGGAUUAAUACCUCAGUGUAGGGACCUUAAGUAGAUGCUGCUGAAAGAUUAUUACAGUAGAAUAAAAACCAUCUCAUAAUGGAAGUGAUUGGAAACCUGUACAUUGUCAUAUCAAGUGUGUUUUUACUUGAACUGCUAUUACCUUAUCCUAGUAACUAAAAAACAACAUCCAGAAUGUAAUUUUCUGCAUUUUUAAAAUCUAGAUGUACAUGUCAGAACUACUAUGACUACAUUAAAUGAUGACAUUGAAUCUUAAACCUAAAA